AUGCCUGUGAUGAUGAAGUCCGAGGUCUCCUAUGCGAAACAUACCCUACCCUAUCCAGUCUUUGCGGCAGAGUUCGACCCUUACAAUCGCGGAUAUCUCGUGGUCGCAGGAGGUGGUGGCGAGGGCCGAAGUGGGGUUCCCAAUAAGAUAUCCGUAUUGGAUGUCAACAAUCGCGCGAGCAUCGAACCAGCUCUGGAGAUCGAUCUUUCCCGCGAAGAGGAUUCAGUCUCAUCAAUCGCAAGCCUCGCUACUAAGGAUGGUCUCGUCACAUUUGCGGGUAUCAACUCGUCGCAACAGGAGCAAGAUGCAGGCAACAACGAGCACUUGCGAUCGUUUAGCAUACGGUACCCACCUAGGAAGAAGCAGAAGAUGGAGGAUGCCAGCAGUGAGGAGAAGGGCGAGAUUAAGUCACUGGGACGGAGAUCGCUGUUCAAGACCUCAACAGCGCCGAAAAAGGAGACAUACCAGCGACUGCUGCGACUCUCGCCAGUGCAGAAGCGGGACACGCCAGGCAAGCGGAUAGGCGCAGUCGCAAGCAGUUUGGGCGAGGAGAAUGAAGUGAUCGUUUUCAACGCGACGACUGCUCUUCCUGACGCUGGUGAUAUCAUCACGAAGGCCACAUUACCACCGAAGCAAGAAGCAGGCGAUUUGGACAUCAUUCAGACGGUCGAGAACGAGUUUAGCGUCGCAUAUUGCGAUGACCACGCACUCUACGAACAGACCAUCAAAUAUGACUUUGACAAGAAGAAGGCCGAAAAGCGACCCAGCAAUCCUCGGAGAUUCUUCCACAUGCAGGAUCCGGAUUCAUUUACAGACGUCAAGGGUCGUGCUCGAUUUCGGUGCUUGCGAUUUCUCAACGCCGAGAACGUGAUCGCGCUUGUGAACAGACCAAAAAAGUCUGGCGCCGAGCUACGCGUCUACCAUCUCUAUCCGACCGGCCCCGGGUUAUCCAUGUCGCACAAGACAUUGCCAAGGCGCAUCACCCAGGUAGCUGCAAACGGCCUCGAUGUCUGUGCUCUGGAUGCGGACAGGGAUGGCAACGAGCAAUUCGUUGUUGCCGUAGCUGGCCAAGACUCCUCGAUCGAGAUCUUUACACUCGACUACAACAGCACGACAGCUACCUUCUCGUCGUUCAAGGCCUACCUCACUCUCCGUGAUGUGCAUCCGGCUGGGAUUACCAAAGUCACAUGGUGUUCAUUUCACUCUCCACCACGAGCUCCAAAUUCGAAUGAUCUUGCAACAACCGGGCCAAAUGGCGAGCCUGUCGUACCCACGGGGCCUCCUAAGCAUCCCGGGCCACAAUACAUUCGCCUCGCAUCGACCAGCUUUGGUAACACCGUAGUUGUUGACACAUUCCCGCUAUCACCACUCGAGCCGCAGAAGCGCGAGUCUCGAUACAUACUCAGCCACCCAGGUGACGAGAGAAUCUGGAAAUGGGCCUACAUCAUCGUCAUAUCCUUUGUCGUCCUUGUCACCGCCUUCCUCUUCCAAUCCUUCGCUCAAGGCUUCGGCACCGACGUGGGACCUUUCAGCUACCUCCCACAGAACGUCCGCGACUUCCUCGAUGCUCCCGUUGCCGCGGCUUAUCAGCGCGGCCGCGAUCGCGUGACUAAGAUCACCUCUUCCACGCCGGCAGCAGCAACCAGCACAAGCACAGCAGGCAAUCUUCGCGACGCGGUGGCAGAGCAUCAGCCUACCCCAGAGGACGCCCAAGCCACCGCAGUCGUGGUGCGUGAUGUCCCCGAAGGCGAUGGGAUCGAAGUCCACGUGCACCCGGAAAAGGCAAAAUAUCUGGCAAAGGACGUGCACGCGAAGCAUUGGCAUGAAUUGGAGGAUCACCAGAAGGCUCAUUGGAAGGCCAAACUGGUCCAGGCGGGCCAGUGGGCUGAGGAUGAGGGCGAGAGUGUUCUGAAGGGUGUGCUGUGGUCUACGUAUGCUGGGGUGGUGGGACAGGUUGGCGGAGAGAUUAUGAGGGAGUUGUAA